GUUUUGCAAAGGAGUUUUGUGUAUGAUUCGAUCGUGAUUCGACCAUUCGACCUUGUUUGACAGCUUCGGUGAUUUCCUUGUCAUUUCUAUUUUAAAAUUUUUGUAAAAAAUCCAAAUUUUUCGCUUAAAAUGGCCCAAAAACUGAACGAAAUCAAGGAUCAGCUUAGCAGGUCUUUGAGGGACUCCUCAAAACCAUGGACGAGCAUUUUAAACAGAGCCGAACAAAAAACUGGCUUGGAUCGUCUGUACCUUUUCAUAGGUGGUAUUGGAGUUAUUGGAGUUUGGCUAGUGUUCGGGUAUGCAGCACAGUUAGUUUGUAACACUGUAGGCUUUUUGUACCCCGCCUACAUGUCGAUACAUGCUAUCGAAUCACACAACAAAGCAGAUGACACAAAAUGGCUUACAUACUGGGUGGUAUUUUCUAUAUUCUCAGUACUUGAGUACUUUGCUGAUUUCAUUGUGGGAUGGUUCCCAUUGUACUGGCUUAUUAAGUGUGUCUUUUUGGUUUGGCUGAUGAUCCCGACUGAGUUUAACGGAUCUCUGGUUGUUUACAAGAAAAUUGUAAGACCAUACUUCUUGAAACAUCACAGUGUCAUCGAUGAUACCAUCAACAAAGUUAAGGAUCAAGUUCAUAAAGUAACAGACAAAACCGAUUAGGCUUUGUUUUUUCAAGUAUUCUGCAUUGUGGAGAUCUGUUUUUAGCUUGUAGCUUUACCAAACGAGGAGUGUUAUAUGUCUUUCACCUGAAUUUUUCUCUAUUGUAAUAUUAUAUAUGAAGAAUCAUACGUCAUAUUUUUAUACGUCACCAUUUUUGAAUAAAACCAUACAAUUAUAGAGGAGAA